UGAGUUAAAUUAGUAAAUAUUGUAUUUGAUCUCGUUCGAGUUAGGACGAAAUAGUGUAGUACAAAGCAGUAAUUGCAGCGUGCGGAUUGCAGGCGAUCGCCCCUCGCCCCGCCGCCCCGGCCCGCGCUCGAGCACCGUAAGUAAACAGUCUGGUGUUUAUCCGCGUCUCGCUCGCACCGACCGCGUCGCGUCGCGCCACUGAGGUGCACUCGCUGUUCCUAUUAUUUUCGUGACGGGUAUUGCGCCGAAGCCGAUUCCCGCAUCCUCGCCCCCGAGACGCGAGGUCCGGUCUCGCGGCGGAGGCGGCGGCGACGGCCGUUCGCAUCGCGCGCCAGUCCGCGCUCGAGGCCGACUGUCGCAUUGGUCCGUGCCUACGAAACGUUUGGUGUUUGUAGUCGAUGUGUUGAAAUUGAAAAUGCGGCACGUUCUGAGUGCGUAUCACGGUGGGUGAAGAGCGCCCGACCGCGGUUUGAAUUUCAUCGGAAACGUGACGUGUUGGUGACAGUGAGUGGAUUGUGUAUUGGCGUGCCGAUGAUACACGUGAAUGUGGAUGGAGUUCGGAGCGGUGUUGGAAGAUGCAUUUCAAAGAGUCGUUCGCGAUGAGCGAUCGACCGACAGAGCGUGGCCGGCGCAACUCCCGCUGCAAGGGUGCUGGCGUCAAGAUGGAGCACUUCCAAGCGGCGCUGGAUCCUCGCAAGCAGGAGCUGCUGGAAGCGCGUUUCCUAGGCGCCAAGGUCAGCACAAGGGAGAUACUAGUAGAAACUCGGCGGCCGCCCGAAUACAAAACGAUGUCAGCUGGGUCACAAAUUCAGAUGGCACCACAAACCACUGUCAACACGGGGCAACCUCUACACAAUCAGGACUCCAAUAUGAGCACAGGGUCAUCUCAUAGCGAUAAAGAAGUUGAUGCUUUAACUCCAGAAAAGUCUGCUGCUAUGCGAGGCUCAACUGUUGCACCUGGCACUGCUCUAGUGCCCCCGAGUGGUGCCACACCUACUAUAGCCAUGCCAGAAAGGAAAAGAAAACGAAAAGGAGAAGAAGGCGUUGGCGGCGGUGGGGGUGGGGGUGGUAAGCAGCGGCAUAACUCAUCAGACAAAAACAUUAGGGAAUACUUCUCAAAACACCCCUCAUCCAGUCCUGUCAGGCAUGCUGGUGCGAAGUCACCUUCGCCGCAGGGCGCUAAUUAUCCUAUGUACCCACCGUCACCCUCGUCGUUACUGCCUUCUGGUGCCGAUUUUUUACGUUCGGCAUCGCAGCAACGACCCCACACUACUGUUAAACAGGUUCAAACGGAACUGACGUGUCAGAGGAUACAGGAGUUAGAAACUCAAGCAUCUUCUGAUUUAGAACUAAGAAAUAAUAAAAUAGAAGAAUUAACAAGAACUAAUGAAGAAUUGAAACAUCAAGUGCAAGCACAGAGCAAGGUAAUAGAGCAACAUAAAUCACACAUCAAUAAAUGUAUAGAUGUUGUUAAAAAACUCUUAAAUGAGAAAAGUACUAUUGAGAAGAAAGAGGCUCGACAGAGGUGCAUGCAGAAUCGACUGAGGCUUGGCCAGUUUGUUACACAGCGUGUCGGCGCUACGUUUCAAGAGAAUUGGACUGAUGGAUAUGCAUUUCAAGAAUUAACAAGGCGGCAAGAAGAAAUAACAGCAGAAAAAGAAGAAAUAGAUCGACAGAAAAAGUUAUUGUUCAAAAAGCGGCCGGUGAACAACGAGGGCGGCGGCGGGCGCGGCAAGCGCUCGUCCAGCGCCGCGCCCAGCACGCCGCAGCCCUCGCCGCUGCACAACGGGACCGACGCGCCCACCUUCCUCAAGCCCGACCCGCUGCCCAGCAUGACCUAUCAGGAGUAUUAUGAAGCUGAUGAAAUAUUAAAGCUGAGACAGAGUGCACUUAAAAAGGAAGACGCAGAUUUGCAGCUAGAAAUGGAAAAAUUAGAGAGAGAAAGAAAUCUUCACAUUAGGGAACUAAAACGGAUACACAAUGAGGAUCAGAGCCGGUUCUCACAACAUCCUGUGCUUUCUGAAAGAUAUCUGCUGCUCAUGUUGCUCGGCAAAGGCGGCUUCAGUGAAGUCCACAAAGCGUUCGACCUUCGGGAGCAGCGAUAUACAGCCUGCAAAGUGCACCAACUAAACAAAGACUGGAAGGAAGACAAGAAGGCCAACUAUAUCAAGCAUGCGUUGCGGGAGUACAACAUUCACAAAGCACUAGACCACCCUCGCAUUGUAAAACUAUAUGACGUAUUUGAAAUUGAUGGCAACUCCUUUUGUACAGUCCUUGAAUACUGUAAUGGUCAUGAUCUCGAUUUUUAUCUCAAACAGCAUAAGACUAUUCCAGAGCGCGAGGCUCGCUCUAUUGUUAUGCAAGUAGUGUCAGCGUUAAAGUAUUUGAAUGAGAUUAAGCCGCCGGUCAUCCACUACGACUUGAAGCCCGGCAACAUUCUCCUCACUGAGGGCAACGUGUGCGGCGAGAUCAAGAUCACAGACUUUGGCCUGUCCAAGGUCAUGGAUGAGGAGAACUAUAAUCCCGAUCACGGGAUGGACUUGACAAGCCAGGGGGCGGGAACUUAUUGGUACCUACCGCCUGAGUGUUUUGUCGUUGGAAAAAACCCACCAAAGAUCAGUAGCAAGGUGGACGUGUGGAGCGUAGGAGUGAUCUUCUACCAGUGUUUGUACGGCAAGAAGCCGUUCGGCCACAAUCAGAGUCAGGCCACCAUAUUGGAGGAGAACACGAUACUGAAGGCGACUGAAGUGCAGUUUGCCAACAAACCUACGGUCAGCAACGAGGCUAAGAGCUUCAUCCGCGCGUGCCUGGCGUACCGCAAGGAGGAGCGCAUCGACGUGUUCGGGCUGGCGCGGCACGAGUACCUGCAGCCGCCCAUGCCCAAGUCGCGCGGCGCGGGCGGCGGCGGCGGCGCGGGCGCGGGCGGCUCGGGCGGCGGCGGCGCGGCGGCGGGCGCCUUCAGCUCCAACAUGUUCGGCGCGGGCUCGUCCUCCUAGCCGCGCCGCCGCCGCCCUCGCCAGCCGGCGGCGCAGUCUCCGCGGUGUACAUAGUGUAGUGGCGGCGGACGCGAGCGCCAGGGGCGAGGGCCGGCGGCGCCCGCGCCCGCGCCCGGUGUCGUUCGACUCUCGUAGACGUACUUUUUAGUUUUGAAACUUUGUCAGUUAAUAUCCAGAGUUGUAAAAUGACUAAAUAUCAUUUACAGAUAAAUUGUUUAAGAUUAUGCUUAACUGUUGACUGUAUUUAUUGAGCAGGUGAUAAAUUGUGAUUCUCCAUUUGUGAAUGGUUUUAUCCUUUUAUCACUAAAGAGGAAUCCUGGGGACUAUCCCUUGCAUAUUAUAUAAGCUAUUAAAAAAGUUAAAAAUAUUAUAAAACGUGUUUUAUUAAGGCUCCGAAUAUAAAUUAUUAUGCAUUAUGUAUGUACGGCAUGUAAAUUAGUUCUUUACGGCACUCGAAAGUCUGAUGGCGACAGAAAUGUUUUAGAUUUUAUGAUUGUUCCAUCUAAAGCAUUUCAAUAAUAUUAACUAAGACAUAAUAUUUGACCAUUGUCCUAAAGACUUUCAUUUGAUUUAUAAUUGGAGCCCGAUAUCCUUAGCUAUUAAAUUGUGACAUAUUCUCAACUGUAUGUUAUGUUUUGUAAGAAAAUUAUACCCGAAUGAAUUGUUUACAUUAGGUCGAAUUUUAUACUUGUUCUUUUUUAUGUAACAUUUUUUUCGUCACCAGUUUUGCACCUUUCUUAAUUUUAUUUAAAUAUUGAUUUUGGAAUAUUCAACAAAAGUGGGGAACAUGAUCAUGGUUCGACAUGUUGCUCCCCCGAUUUAGGAUACAAAAUUGAGUCAAAAGUCCAUUGACGUAAGCCUAUUUGUGAGAAAAAAAGAUUGAUUUAUAAAGAAUUAUAAGUCGGUCUUCCCAUGUACAAAAAUCAUUUUGGCUUUUGCCGCCUUAAUAACGGGGUGUUAACCUAACAGUCAAGAUACAAGCAAAAGCAUACUUCAUAAAAGAAAUUGGAUAUAUGAAUUGGAAGGUGGUUUUCACUAUUGUCAUUUGGAUUAUAUUGUAACCCCUAUCAAUAUUUAGUCAGUAGUUAUUUGCUAGACGACUAAAAAUUUAUCGUUGCCUACCAAUAUAAAACAAGGCUCUGUAUUUUUUCAAAAAGACAUGGAGACAAGAUUGUCUGUUUAUCGACAGUUAUGUACCGUUAGCAGAACUGUAUGCAAAGGUUGUGUUAUGGGUAUGUUUUAUAUAUAUAAUUGGUGUCCAAAUAAGCAAAGAUGAUACGUGCAUGUUUGUGUAACUGCGACACGGAUAAUCUUCUUUACCUGCAGUAGUAGUAUUCAUAAAAGAAGGAUAACUAUCUGCGUGAGUGCAGAUAAAUUAUCAAGAGGGUUUGGAUAUACUAGUACAAGUUAGGAAAAUAGAAAAGCUAAAAACAAAAAAAUGCAUACGGUCCUUUAAAUAAUUCUCUUGUAAAUAAUAGCAACUAGCAGAAAAUUUUACUAAUCCACAAAGUAUUUGAGAAUUCCGACAAAUUAUUCAGACCCGCCCUCAACAUUGAGGAACUAUUCAUAAACUCAUUACAGUAGAUGGCGAUGUAUCAGUGUUGCCAUAUUUCAUACAGCACGCAUAUAUGGCACGUAUGGAGUGCUAGUAGUGUUUAACGAGGUAAACGUUGAAAAUCUUUAUUACAAACUAUGCUAUGUAUGAAAUAUCAUGUAGCGACAUCUAUCUCAAAACUUAAGAACUUACAGUAAGUUGCCGCCUUGCAAUAUGGAGUUAAUUCUAAACUUAUGGUCGGAUGUGCGGAAAGACUUGAUUAACAUAGGUGUAGAGGGCGAAGUAGGAUAGUAGUAAAGUGUGUAGCCGAGUAUAAAAUUCCGCCUCGCAGUACCGUCAGGAACCAAGAUUUGGUUUUAUUCAUACUCAACAUGAGAUCAUAAAACUGACUUAGUUUUGCCAUUGUUACGACUUUAGACUUACGACUGUCAUCUCCAUAUUAUAGAAUUGUAAAAUAAACAUUACUUCGCUUCAUGUUAGAAGUUGGAUAAAUGCUUUUUAGCGUGCCCUAUCCAAAGGGUUAAAACGGAGCCCUUAAUCUGAGGCACCGCCGUGCUGUCUGUCCGUCUCUCCACUCAUUUGUCACCAUGCUGAAUCUCAUAAACCGUGGUAAUAAGCCAGUUGAGAUUCUCAGGGGAUGCUUUUUGUUGCAGCAAUAACAAAAAAAUAAUCAUAAAUUUGUGCAGUCAAAUCAAUAACUGGAAUCUACCUCAAAACUAUUGGCACCCAACCGAUUUGGUUCUAUAGCCUAUUACGGAACCCUUUGUGUCGCUACACCGACGCGUACUUAACUGGAUAUUAGUGUAUUAAUUAUGCAAAAAGGUACUGCAACAUUAAAUUCGACCAAGUUUGAACUUUGCCGGUGUCUUGAAAGCUGAAGGAUAAUAAAGACGUAGUGUCAAAGUUAAGAAAAACGUUUAAUCUCCUAGAACGGCAAUUGUUAGUUUUAAAAGUGGUGGACCCUGUCGUUUCAGCAAAUCCGAUAAGGUCUUGUAAAAAAAUAGCUUUGCGUCGAGUUACGAAAAAAACCUAUUCGUUACUUUAAAAGAAAUUACUCCUCACAAUAAGAAUUAUAUUCUACAAACACUCGAGUAACAAGCACGAAGG